AUGAGACGGCUGCCGAUGAGGCCGACCGGACCGACGGCAUGCUGGCAGGCCGCUCCCCGCGGCUGGAGAGCCUUAGGCCGCGGCCCCCCCCGGCACCCGGAGCCCUGGACCUCAGAGACGCAACCUGAUCCGCGCGUGGGGCCGCGCCGACUGGAGAGAGGGGACGAGGAGAGGGGGGGGCCGCCCGGCGCCUGGAGGAGCUCGACCUGGGCCCACAACCUGCUGGCCCAGCUGGAGCCCGGGGCCUUCGCCGGCCUCGACCGGCUGCGGGCCCUCAACCUGACGGGCAACCGCCUGCGCUACCUGGAGCCCGGCUCCCUCCGCGGACUCCCCUCCCUCUUCUCCCUCGACCUCACCCUCAACCCGCUGGUGGCCCUGCUGGACCGGGGCCUAGCGGGGCCUUCGUCCCUGCGCCUGCUGGCCCUGGGGGCCCCCACCCUGGUCCACGUGGGGCCUGAGGCCUUCAGCGGCCUGGGCCAGCUGGCCCAGCUGACUGUUGCCGGCUCGGCGGUGGCGGAGCAGGCCCCGGGUCUGGGUCCCUUAGGCAACUUGACCGUGCUGCGGCUCCAGGGCCUGGGCCGGCCCACCACUCUGCCCCCAGGCUGGCUGGAGGGCCUAGGCCGCCUGCGGGCCCUGGAGCUGGACGGCUGGCGAAGCCUGAGGGAGCUGGGGCCGGGGGCCCUGCGCGGGGUGAGCCUGGUGUGGCUGUCGGUCACCCACUGCAACCUGAGCGAGGUGCCCUACGCAGGCCUCAGGCUGCAGUCCCAGCUGCGCUACCUCAACCUCUCCUACAACCCCAUCGGCCUACUCCGCCGGGGCCAGUUCCACCACCUGGCCCGGCUGCAGGAACUACGGCUGCGGGGGGCCGCACUGCUGGAGGUGGAGAUCUGGGCCUUCCGCGGCCUACCCGCCUUCCGUCUACUCGACCUGACCUCCAACCAGCUGCAGAGCCUGGAGCAGCGGGCCUUCCACUCGGUGGCCGGCCUACAGAGCCUGGGCCUAGGCCUCAACCCGCUGGCCUGCGACUGCCGCCUGCUGUGGGCCGUCAGGAGGAGGCGGCGGCUGCGUUUCCUGGGCCCCGGGCCCGUGUGCGCCUCGCCGCCGGCCGUGCGGGGCCUGAGCUGGGCCGGGGGCGACGGUGGGGCCUUACCCGCCGAGGCCUUCCGCUGCCGGGUGCCGGUGAUCCGCGGGAAGAUGCCGCCGCAGAGGCUGCGGGCCCGGGAGAUCCCGCCGCCCAGCAUCUUGUGGCUCAACCCCCGGCGCCUGUUGUUGGUCCCCGGCCCGGGGCCUCUGGCUGGGCCCGGCGCAGGCCGCAGCCGGCUCCUGCCCGACGGCACGCUGCUGAUCGCCGGGGUCAGGCCCACCGACGCGGGCAACUACCGCUGCGUGGCCCGCAACGCCGGCGGCAACGACUCGGCCUGGGCCGCGCUGCUGGUGCGACACGCUGUCGGCCCGGGAGCUGAGCCUGCUGAGGCUUAG